AUGGCGGAACAGUUGCUGCUUCAUGGAACUCUUGAAGUGAAGAUAUAUAGGAUCGAUAAGUUGCAUCAACGUGCAAGAUUCAAUUUAUGCGGAAAGGGGAACAAGGAGCCAGCGGGGAAGAAGAUUCAGUCUCCAAUCAAGAGACUAACAUCCUCAUGCACAGAUAUGUUCGGAGGACAUCUCUACGCAACCAUUGACCUAGACAGGUCCAGAGUGGCUCGAACCAUGAUGAGACGUCAUCCUAAAUGGUUCCAAAAUUUCCAUGUCUACACAGCACAUUCAAUCUCCAAAAUCGUAUUCACAGUCAAAGAAGAUGAAGCAGUCGGUGCGACUUUGAUCGGCCGAGCUUAUUUACCUGUCACCGAAGUCAUCACCGGACAACCAAUAGACCGAUGGCUCGAUAUCUUAGACGAGCACAAGAUUCCGAUCCAAGGAGGUGCGAAAAUCCAUGUCCGCGUGAAGUUUAACAGCGUGACACAAAACGUGGAUUGGAACAAAGGAAUCAUAUUACCGUCAUUUAAAGGAGUUCCUAACGCAUAUUUCAACCAAAGAGAAGGUUGCAAAGUUACACUUUACCAAGACGCUCAUGUUCUUGGAGAGUUCCCGGACAUUACUCUCGCGGGAGGACAAGCGAUUUACAAGCAUCACCGGUGCUGGGAAGAGAUUUUCGAUGCGAUAUGGGAAGCAAAACAUUUGAUAUACAUCACAGGUUGGUCGGUCUACCCCAACAUAACAUUGAUUAGGGAUCCUAAACGGUCGAGACCAGGAGGAAACCUGAAGUUAGGAGAAUUGCUGAAGAAGAAAGCGGACGAAAACGUGACCGUGCUGAUGCUUGUGUGGGACGAUAGAACGUCUCACGAAGCAUUUAGGAGAGACGGUUUGAUGAUGACUCAUGAUCAAGAAACGUACGAUUACUUCAAGAACACGAAAGUGCGUUGUGUUCUCUGUCCGCGGAAUCCAGAUAACGGUGAGAGCAUUGUUCAAGGGUUCCGGAUCGCUACGAUGUUCACUCACCAUCAGAAAACCAUUGUGGUGGACGGUGAAGUGGAAGGUUCGAGAGGCAAGAGAGGGAUUGUGAGUUUUCUUGGAGGGAUUGAUCUAUGUGAUGGGAGAUACGAUACUGAGGAACAUCCUUUGUUCGGUACUUUGAACAAUGUUCAUUCUAAUGACUUUCACCAACCGAAUUUCGAUGGAGCAUCGAUUAAAAAAGGCGGUCCACGUGAGCCGUGGCACGAUAUUCACUGCAAGCUUGAUGGUCCUGCCGCGUGGGAUGUUUUGUACAACUUUGAGCAAAGGUGGAUGAAACAAGGUAGUGGUAGAAGGUACUUAGUAUCGAUGGCAAGACUCUCCGAGAUCACGGUUCCGCCACUGCCAAUUGUAAAAUCGGAAAAUGCAGAAGGUUGGACGGUUCAAGUUUUCCGGUCGAUAGAUGACGGUGCAGUUGAAGGGUUCUCAGAGGAUCCACGUGAAGCUUCGAGCGUCGGACUUAUAACCGGAAAAGACAACGUGAUCGAAAGAAGCAUACAAGACGCUUACAUUAACGCCAUAAGGAGAGCCAAACACUUCAUCUACAUCGAGAACCAAUACUUCAUAGGAAGCUCCUUUGGAUGGAACUCUAGAGACAUAAACCUAAACGAAACAAACGCUUUACAACUCAUUCCCAAAGAGAUUUCUCUCAAGAUCGUAAGCAAGAUCGAGGCAGGUGAGAGGUUCUCAGUGUAUAUCGUGAUUCCAUUGUGGCCUGAAGGAAAACCUGGAUCUGCAUCUGUUCAAGCGAUACUAGACUGGCAAAGGAGAACAAUGGAGAUGAUGUAUACAGAUAUCGUCAUUGCCCUACGUAAGAAAGGAUUAGAUGCAAACCCUAGAGACUACUUAACGUUUUUCUGCCUCGGGAAUCGAGAAGUUAGCAAGGCAGGCGAAUACUUGCCACCGCAAAAACCAGAGGCUAACUCUGACUACGCAAGAGCUCAACAUUCUCGUCGGUUCAUGAUCUAUGUCCACUCUAAAAUGAUGAUUGUUGAUGAUGAGUACAUAAUAAUAGGAUCAGCAAAUAUUAACCAAAGGUCUAUGGAUGGAGGUCGAGACUCGGAGAUUGCGAUGGGAGCAUACCAGCCAAACCAUCUGCUAUCUACCAAUCAAAUGAGGCCAACGGGACAAGUUUUUAGCUUUAGGAUAUCACUAUGGCUUGAACAUCUGCGGAUCACAACCAAUGCGUUCCAGUUUCCUGAAAGCGAAGAGUGUAUAAGAUUGAUAAAUGCCAAAGCAGACGAGCUAUGGGGACUAUACUCAGCACAAGAGUACCCUCGAGAUUAUGAUUUACCGGGACAUUUGCUUAGUUAUCCGAUUAGCAUUGGUACCAACGGGGAAGUGACAAAUCUUGCUGGUGCUGAGCUCUUUCCUGAUACUAACGCAAAGGUUUUAGGUGAAAAAUCUGAUUAUCUCCCUCCCAUCCUCACCACUUAA